AGAAUUUCUCCAAUCGGUGGCUUGACCGCCUAUAGGAGGAGAGUCUAAAGUCUUCUCUCGAUAAAAAGGUACCAAACCCAUUAAGUUUCCCUGCGCAUUCCAAACAACCCUCUCUCGUACUCUCCGUUAUACUAUUCUCUCGAUAUGGCCACUGAUACGGAGAAUCUCACCACAACCGCUGCUGCUCUGCAAGACAACCCUAGCAAAACCCUAGGCGAGACAGUCGCUGCCCCCUCCGUGCCAGAUCGAGUAGAGGAUUCCACCAUCAAUUCCCCAUCUAUCGCUAGUUCAGGUACGGACACUAUUAAGAACGACGGCGAGGAUUCGAAGAGCAGCAAGGGCACCGCGGUCUCGCGUUCGGGGGAUACCGCUGCAGUAUCUGACACCGAGAAGAAGAUCCGCCGCGCCGAGCGCUUUGGAAUUACUGUUCAGUUGUCUGAGCAAGAAAAACGCAAUUCUCGGGCUGAAAGGUUUGGCACUGGUGUUGCAUUAAAGACCUCAGAGGAGCUGAAGAGGAAGGCUAGGGCAGAGAGGUUUGGAAUUCUUGCGACUGCUGAUGAGGAAGCAAAGAAAAAAGCUCGACUUGAAAGAUUUGCACCAACUUCUAAAACAGAUGUGCUGGGAGAAGAGAAAAGGAAGGCAAAAGAUAUCAGAAAUUCACAACCCUCUUCUAAUUCUCUGCCAAUAAAUGGCAAAGGAAACAUUGAACCUAAGGCAGCUAUUGCAGGCAAGGCUGGUGGAGGGUCCUGAAAAGAGAUAGCUUCCUUAAAUGUUAGGUCUAGUGUUCUAACCUGUGAUUCCCUCAGUGGCUUCCAUCCAUUUCUUUAUUUUCCAACCUGAAUUCCCAGAUGCAGCAGUUUUAAUUUUCAGACAGAUUAUUCUCUACAGAGCAGAGGACUAGAUUUUGUGGUACGAGGAGGAAUUUUUCUUGGCUUCAGAUGUGCCUAAUAUCAAAUUUAUCUUGUGAGGCCUAAAGAAAUCAACAACCACUUAAGUAUAUUAACUUAUCUUAAAAUAUACUAGAUAUAUCAGAAAUUCUGAGUUCUUAAAUCAAUUUAUCCCUAUGAUUUGUACAAAGUACUUAAUGAUUGGUGGUUCUCAUUUGACAACUCCUGUCACAAAAACAUGUUGCCUUUGUGUUGUUCUUAUAUAGUUGCACUCUUAUGGUCCAUCAGAAAACAGCAGUAUUAAGUAGCAUUAUCUGAUUGAAGAACUUGAGAUUUCAAAAUGUAUUAUUUUGGUUCAUGAGGAAAUUGGGGAUAGCUUAUAAUUUUCCAAUUGAAUUAGAGAAUAGGUAAUUGACCUUGCAAAUUACUUGGUAACAAGUCUCAUUUUGGUUGAUGUAAGCAUGGGUCUAUGGUCGUAUGGGCACUUGCAUUUGUAGGUUGUAGAAACAUAAAAGAUCAAUGCAUUCUGAGGCCUGCAACUGCCGCACAUAUUAAGAAAUGCAUUAAUGAGAUCUAGAAAGCAUGCAUAUUCUUUUAGUCAUACUCAUAGGUCAACUCGACUGUAGCUUUACAUUUUUUUAGUACUCUUUUUUAUUUUAUUUUUUUCCCUAUUUCAUGCUUUUGCACUGCAUUUAUAGCUAAUCAUGAAUUGGAUGACAUUAGUUCAAGUCUAUUAGGUGCUCCUGUGUAUUUAUGGAACUCUAAGAACAGUACUUUGUGUAAUUGGGACUGUAUAAACUCAUAUGUUGCUUAAUGCUGCUGUUGGAAGUUUGAUCAUGAGGUGCUUGUUUGGAAAUGACAUGUUUGACGUGAGUUAAACAUACUUGAAGGUAUCAGUGAACUUUUGGUAAUUAUUGAUUAUCAAACAGAUAAGUGGGAUCCAAAAUUGAAUAUGUGUAAUCUAUUGCUUCAGAGCUUCUGAUAUUUCUAGUUGCUAUUUUGAGAUUAGUGAACACUACAAAGGUGUUGUUGAUUUCUUCUUGGCCUCACAGUAAAUUGCCGAGCUGCAAGGUAGGGUUUGGGAACAGAAGAUAUUUUGUUAAUCAGGAUUUUUGUUUAACUGUAUAAUCUUUUAGCAUUUUUGUUUGAAGUGUUUUUUUGUUAAAAAAAUAUUGAACACAGCGUCUGGGUUCAUGUUUCUAUGGUUGUAAGAUAUUUUGGGAUGGAAGAAGCGGGGGGUUUGAUCGGUGGAACAUGUACUUUUUUUUCCCUGUUUUCAAGUAGUUGUAUUGUGAAUAUUAUUUAAGUACGUGGUAAUAGUUUGCUUCUCUA